AUGCUCGUGCCUGAAGGCAUGAAGGGAAGGGGAGAUCGAAGGGUACCACCUAGUGGAGGGCGCAUGUGUUAUAACCAUGUUAAUGACAUCGAUCUUUUCUCUGGAGGUUUAACAGAAACUCCCCUUCAUGGUGGGCUGGUGGGACCAACAUUUGGUUGUAUUUUUGGCCUUCAGUUUCAAUUGCUUAAGAAAUGUGAUCGUUUCUGGUAUGAAAGCAACAACCCUUUGGUUCGAUUUACAGAAGCACAAUUGACUCAAAUACGAAAGGUUACCCUUGCUAAGGUCAUUUGUGACAACACUGACACAGUUGAUACUAUUCAGCGGUCAGCUUUUGAUUUGCCUGAUCCAUUCUUAAAUCCACGAAUGAAAUGUUCAAGUCUUCCUUCUAUGGACCUUGAUCAAUGGAAAGAACGAGUUUCUUGUACUGUAGAUCAUGUGACCAUCGAUGUAGGAACUGCUGAGAGAAUUUCUCCAUGUGUAAUGUGUACUUGCACUAAAGAAGGGCCACUCUGUCAAUCACUAAGGAUAAACAAUUGUUUUCACCUUGCCUCCACAUUUUCCAAAGAAUCUAUUCUAGAAGACCAUGUGUGUAAAGUUCAGUGUGCUUACGCUUUCCGCACCUUUCCCCAAGUGGACGUUCCCAACAACAACAUCCUUGGGUUCAGCAAUAACUAAAUCUAACCAAGAGUUCUGCUCAUACUGCUUGGACUGUAGCCUCUGAAUUUUACUCUUGAUGUAUAUAGAUCACUUUAUCAAAUGCAUUUGAUGUAACUGGACAAAGACUUAGUUUCUGGGGUUUCUGUCUGUUUAUUAUAAAAUGUACCCCUUACUUGUGUUCUUUCACCUGUUACAUUGCAGUGUAUCAAGUGUUCCCAAAUCUCCAGUUCCCAGGGUUUCUUUGUAGUACAGGUAACUGAAAGGUACAUCAGAGCAGGUGCUUCAUAAACAGUGCUGUUUCAGUUAGAAUUUUUUAACAUGUUUUAGUCUUCGGAAAAUAUUACUAUGUUAACAAAAUACUUUAACAGUUGCAAAACAUUUUAUUUAUGUCUUUUUUUUAUCUAGAUUUCAUAAUAUUCCCUGCUAAUCUGAUACUUCAUAUAUUUCCUGUUUCCUUAAUGUUUGUAAGAUAUGUUUUUAAUUGGUUUAAAUUUCUCCAAAUCAUCUGUAUAAAUAUUUACUAAAGCUUUUAUUUUUCUAAAAGAAGUUAAUGUUUUUCUAGCUUUUCGCAAAUAUUCCCAAAGCAAACUAUUUAGAGAGUUAUGUUUCCUGUGUAAUGUAAAAUUGCAUUUUUCAAAUUAAUAAACUGAAGCCCUAAUUAAUCUAAUAGAAUUGGUUUAUUGAUGAUUUUAGGAAGAUGUAAACAGGUAAAUCAGAAUAAAAAAGUAAUGAAGAAAAAAUUAUGGUAAAUAUUGAUAACUUGGAGAGAGUAGAAAACAAAUAUAGUAUAGAACAUAGGAGGACGUAGAACAGAAAAUAAGAUUUAAGUUUUGUAGAGAGUAUGGGAAUAUGUAAAAUAGAAAUUAAAGUUUAAUAGGGAGCAUGGGAAUAUGUAGAAUAAAACUUCAUUAAGUAAAAAUCUUGCUGAUUUAAUUUCGUGAG